CACUCUCUCUCUUCUGUAGCGCUCUCUCGCUCUGUACUCCCACCGAAAAUGCUCGCUCGCUUCCUCACCAGACCGUCCAACCUCUCUCUCCUCUCGAUCGCCACCGCGAGGCUCCGCUCCGGCCCCCCUCCGCCGCCGAACCCCGCCCGCUUAUCCUCCCUCCUCCGGCGCUUCUCCGCCGAUCGCGGCGACGGCGAUGGCGGCGGCGGCCCCCGAGAUCCCGCGCUCUCCGAUCCCUGGAAGCUCUCCGGCGACGGCGACGCGAAGUUCGACCGCCUCUUCUCGGACGAAUCCGGCAAGGCCGCGGGAUUCUUCGACGGCGGCGGCGGCGGCGGCGGCGGCGUCGGCGAGGAGGAUUCGUGGGUGAAGGAGGGGGGAGCCGGAGAGAAGGGCGUCGGAGAAGACGAUGGAUGGCUCACGGCCGAGGGAUAUAGGCCGUGGAACUUGGCGGACGAAGGGAAAGACGACGGCUUAUUCGAUAUUGGGGAAGGUGCGCAGGCUUUUGGCGAUGAUGCGGUUCGGGGAGCUGAUGUUGUGAAGAGUGAGAGGAGCGAGGAGGAGAAGAUGAAGCUCGAGAAAGAAGAACAAGAACUCACCACAGUACUCAAAGGUCCAAAUCGUGCGUUUGGCGACCUUAUUGCAGCAUCUGGAAUCACAGAUGCCAUGCUGGACAGUUUGCUUGCUCUCAAGGACUUCGAAGGAAUUGAAGGCUUGCCCCCUUUGAGGGAAAUCGAAGACAUGCGUUAUGAGAAGAACACGAGAAAAUCCACAAGAGCAGAAAUAGAGCGCUUGAAGCAGGAGGAAGUCGCCAAGGCAAGAGUGAGACAAGUAGACGACAAGGGAAGGGCUUAUGGAACAGGAAGAAGGAAGUGCAGCAUAGCACGCGUGUGGGUUCAACCUGGUGAAGGCAAAUUCAUGGUGAAUGAAAAAGAACUUGAUGUCUAUUUCCCAAUGCUCGACCAUCGAGCUGCUUUACUUCGACCUUUCUCCGAGACAAAGACUUUGGGCCUCUGGGAUGUCAGCUGUACCGUGAAAGGAGGUGGUGUCUCGGGUCAAGUUGGAGCGAUUCAAUUGGGCAUCAGCAGGGCUUUGCAAAAUUGGGAGCCUGGUUUACGUCCUGCUCUUAGAUCUGUUGGUUUCUUGACGAGGGAUCCACGUGUGGUGGAAAGGAAAAAACCGGGCAAAGCAAAAGCAAGGAAGAGCUUCCAGUGGGUCAAGCGGUGACCGGAAAAGAAACCCUGUUUUCUCUGCACACCAUUGGCUUCAAGCACAACUUAUAGUUUUGCGGCUGCAUAAUAACAUGUUAGAGAUUCAUUGUAUGCUAGGAAUUUUUUGUAUGUAGCGCGUGUACCCCAUACAAGCUUGGCCACUGGGCACGAGAGCGAUGCGGAUUGUUAAUUUACUUGGAAGGUAGUGUCAUUGUGAGAAAGCUUGUAUCUGCUUGCUUGGGCUGUUUUCUGUAUCGACCGAUUCAGGAAGAACACUGAGAAUCUAUGAUGAAUUCGCGGAUGAUGUGCUUCUCC